AUGGCGGCCUCCGUGGACCAGGCGCGUUCCUUGUUUGGCGCAGGCGUCCGGGCGGUGCUGGAGGCCUGGCCUGCACUGCAGAUCGCGGUGGAGAACAGCUUCGGGGGCGUUCACAGCCGGGAGAAGGCUCAGUGGUUGGAGGGGGUCGUCGAGGACUAUUUCCUCCAGAACGCCGACUUGGAGCAGGAUGAGGUAGAGGACUUCCUGUCUGACGUCAUGAGCGCCGAAUUCGAUACCUUGGUGGAAGAUGGAAGCCUGCCUCAGGUAAGCCAGCAACUUCAGACAAUGUUCAGACACUGCCAGAGUGGGGAGGAACCCUUGUUGAGGGAGCUGAUCACCCAGAUGGGCCAGCAGCAGACGAAGGUCAAAGCCAUGGAGGUCCGCGCAGCCGACCAGACCAACGACAACAACUCGGACCCUGAGGAGAGACUAGAUGGAGGAGUCGAGGACAUGGAGGUGACUGAUGGCAAGGAGGUCCCUGGUCUGGCCUGUGGUUCCCAGGCUGGUCCUUCAGCUGGAAAUUCUGCCCCUAGCCUGACCUCCAUUCAGCAGGAAGCUGCUGAAGAUGGCUGGAUUGUCAUCCAGAGGAAAAAGAAGUGAGAGUCUAGCCCUUCCCCAGUGGGCUGGGCCUGGCCUUCCCAGUGUGCUCCAGGACCUCUCUGGGAAGAGUGUCUCCUGAAUCUUUUAUCCCGCCCCAUCACAUUCCCCGCACAGCUAGGAAAUUGGCCUAGAGCACCCAAAGGGAUCCCUGGGCCCUGCACAGUCUCUACUUGAGAGCACGGCUUGCCUGGCUCUGACAUUUACUGGUGUUGUAUAGUCUUUGACCAAGUCACGUGAUCUCUUUGGGCCUCCCUUUCUCUAUAAAAUGGGGGCAGCACUGGCCUCUCAAGGUUGGGAGAGGCAGACUUUGCCCUGCUUCACUGGGGCUGGGGGAAUGAGAGAAAGCUCGGAAGGCUAUCCUUGCCUCCCUUGCCCAAAGGUCCCCAGCCUCUGUUCAUCCCAGCUCCCUGACGCGAACAUCUCAGUGGGAUGGGACAGAAGGGGACCUCAGGGGCCACCUCGGACCCGUGGAUUCCCUCUAAACAAGUGGGACAUCUCCCCACUUGCCCUCCCCAACUGACCUCAGCCUAAAGUAAUGUCGAAACUUUUCUUCACUCCAUCCUCCACUGUUGCCCGAGUCCUCUUCCCAAGGGCUAGGCUUGGCUCUGUCACACCUGCACUGGACACUCAGUGACUCCCCAGAGUCUCUUUCUUUUCACCUGC